CUAAGGAUUUUAUUCCCCUGUUCUAAAUCCGGCGAAAGGAGGCAGCCAUAGCCCUGCGCCUCUGCGAGUUUAGAUCUCUGCCCUUCGCCCGUCGCACGACCCCAGUAGUCCAGUAUCACGCCGCCGGCUUCGCCUCAUCGUCUCCGACUCUCCUUGGCCGUGCCUCCAUCUUAUCUUGCCGCCGAACGCCCACAGCCCACAGUCCAGGCGAGAGGGAGAGAGGUGAUCAAUAAUGGCCGCAGCUUCAGACCGGCAAGCCAUGGAGGCAAUGGCGGAGGGGAUGUUGGCGUCUGGGAGGACCGCAGAGAAGCUGAGCUUGCCUACUCUACAGUCUAGGAUGAAGCGCGAUCCAGAGGGAUAUGAAUCAGAGCUGAGUUUAGUUUACAGCCAAUUCAAGUCGUUUGUAGAGCUCUUUGAGCAACAGGCCGCCAUGACCUUUGUCUCUCAUAGAGGAGGCAAAGAUAAUGACUCCACCAUCGCCAAGGACCUUGGAGACAGGGUCACGUUCUUGGCCCAUGUCACUCCAUUCUACCCAAAGCAGCUUGCGCAUUUCCCCAAGGAGCUUGCUCAGUUUCUUCGUUCCUCAGUCCGGUCUCUGCCUUCCGGCCUCCGAGUACAAGUUGCCCAAGCUUUGAUUCUCAUGAUUAACCGGAAGAUCAUUGACAUUCCGGCGACACUUGAGUUAUUCAUGGAGCUACAGACCCUAGGAGACAGUGUUCUUAGGAAAUUGGCUUUCUCACAUGUUAUUCAUAGUAUUCGAAAAAUGAAUCAGAAGCAUAAGAAUGAUCCAAGGAACAAGGAGCUUCAAAGUAUAUUAUUUGCUAUGCUGCAGAAUGAAGAUGAAACACAAGCAAAAAGAGCACUCAUCACGGUCCGUGAACUCCAUAGGAGAAAGGUUUGGUUUGAUGAAAGGACAUCAAAUGCCAUAUGUAAUGCAUGCUUUCACACCUCUCCAAGAAUCAUGAUUGCUGCACUUUCAUUCCUUAUUGAUUAUGAGAAGGUUGAAGAUGGUGACGAUGACAGUGAUGGUUCAGACACUGAAGAUGACCAGAGAAAUCAACAACCUACAGUUGUGGUUGAUAAAGAGGCCAUUUAUAAGGCAAAUAAUAAGGGCACAACCUCCAGUAAAAAGAAAAAGAAAGCAAAGUUACAGCGUGUUAUUCGGAGCUUGAAGAAGCAGCAGCGUUUACAAUCAGAUAAUAACAACAAUUCAAACUAUUACUCACCACUAAACUACUUGAAAGAUGCACAGGGUUUCGCAGAGAAGCUUUUUUCACGUCUUCAAACUUGUAAUGUGAGGUUUGAGGUCAAGAUGAUGAUGCUGAAAGUAAUUGCACGAACAGUUGGUCUUCAUCACUUAAUCUUAUUACAAUUUUAUCCUUACCUUCAGAAAUAUGUUCAGCCUCAUCAACGAGAUGUGACUAACUUACUGGCUGCAGCUGUUCAGGCCUGCCAUGAUAUGGUGCCGCCUGAUGCUGUUGAACCACUCUUUAGACAAGUAGUCAACCAGUUCGUUCACGACCGAUCAAGGCCAGAGGCUAUCUCUGUUGGCCUUAAUGUGGUAAGAGAAAUGUGUUUGCGUGUGCCUUUGUUGAUGACAGAGGAUCUGUUGCAAGACCUUGCAUUGUAUAAGAAAUCACACGAGAAGGCUGUUUCUUCAGCUGCUCGGUCACUUAUUACAUUAUUCAGAGAGAUCUGCCCUAAACUACUUAUCAAGAAAGACAGGGGACGCCCCUCCAAUGCAAAAGCAAGGCCCAAGGCAUUUGGUGAAGUGAAUGUUGCUAGCAAUGUUCCUGGCAUCGAGUUGCUAGAAGAGGAAGAAGAAAGUGAUGAUGACGAUGUGGAAAACGGGUCUACCGUCUCAGCUGACAACGGUAAUGGAAGUGAUGAAGAUCUGCUUUCUGCUGAAGAUGACGAGUCGGAUAAGGAUGAUGCAUCUAAACAUGAACUUAGUUCCUCGAGUGACGAGUAUGAAGUUGAAGAUGAUAGUUGCAGUGAUAAUGACAACUCCGAUGAUCUAGAAGAUGAAAAACUGUCUGAUGAUGAUGAUGAUGAUGAUGCAAUUGACCAUGUAAGCGAGGAUGAUGAAGAGGAAUUGGAUGGUCCAUCUGAUAGUCCAGGUGCUGAUGAUGGAGAAAAUAGGUCCAAGGCACAGAAGAGGAAGUUCGAUGAAUUUGAUGAAAAGCUUCAAGCUUUGCCUAGUAGUCUUAGGGCUCUAAAGAGGUUAGCAGGAGCAAAGGUUAAAGGUGAUUCCUUAGACACACAAGAUGGCAUCCUGUCCAAUGAGGACUUCCAAAAGAUCAAAGAGCUGAAGGCUAAAGAAGAUGCAAGAAGUGCUAUGUUUAAGAAUGGGUUAAAACUCCCCAGCUCAGACCAACUUAGUUCCAAAAGAGUUGAUGCCUCGAAGCUUGAGGCUAACAUAAGAAAGAAGUUAAGCAAAGAAGAGAAAAAAGCAUUAAUGAAAGCUCGCAGGGAGGAGCGACCAAAGUACCAGGCUCGUGCUGCUACUAAGCAGAAUAAGACUGGCGGUCUAACCGAAAAGCAAAAGCAGCACAAGAAGAUUAUGCCGCACGCUGCAAAGAGAGAAAGGUUCUCAAAAAAUAGACAGAAUAAGAAAAAAAAGCAGCGUGGAGCUGGCAAACAGUUCAGAGGGAAAAAAGCAUGGAAAUGACACACGUCUCUCUCUCCAUUUACAGAACAUAAUCUCAGUAUCAGACUCACCAACAUGAUUAUAUGUACACUGACCGAGCGUGGAGUAAGAACAACCGUAUUGUUUGGCCAUGUUGACAAUGUGGGCUUGGCUACCAAGCUUGGCCCAGCAGUUUGAAGGCCUAGCCUUUCCCCUACCUAAUUUGCCGGGGCACCCGUUCGAGUUGGGUCAGUCCUAAUAACACUCCAUAGCACUAUAGCAGGCCAAAGAGUACGUAUACGAGGUCGAAUUAAUACACGUUAAAGUGUAAACGUUAAAGUGUAUUUUAAUAAACGUUAAAGUGUAUU